GCGUGAUACAAUAUGUGAUAUAAAAAAUAAAAACAAUGGAUACCUGCUGCAUUUGGACGUAUGUUGGAAUUGCUGCCCUGUGUCUGAUUUUGUAUGCACUUCGUAAAUACUUUCUUGGUCCAAAAUGCCAAAGCAAAGCUCGACUUGAUGGCAAAACGGUUAUCAUUACUGGAGCUAAUACUGGAAUUGGUAAAGAAACGGCAAUUGAUCUGGCGAAACGUGGAGCCAUUGUUGUUUUAGCAUGCCGUGAUCAAAAAAGGGGAGAAGCAGCAUUGGAUGAAAUCAAAGAACGCUCUGGAAGCUCCAAGAUUGUUUUGAAACUGUUAGACUUAGCUUCUUUGGUGUCGAUUAAAGAAUUUGCCGAAUCGUUCUUGAAAGAAUAUGCAGCACUGCAUAUUCUUAUCAACAAUGCUGGUGUCAUGUGGUGUCCGUAUAUGAAAACUAAAGAUGGAUUCGAAAUGCAAAUUGGGGUAAAUCAUUUUGGUCAUUUUGCCUUGACCAAUUUGUUACUUGAAAGACUAAAAGAGUCCGCGCCAAGUCGAAUCGUUAAUUUGUCUUCAAUGGGUCAUUUAAUGGGAACGAUGAAUUUUGACGAUAUCAACUCCCAAAAGUCAUACAGUUCGUACGGCGCAUAUUAUCAGAGCAAACUCGCGAAUAUUUUGUUUACAAAAGAGAUCCAUCGAAAGCUUGUUGACACAGGGGUUACAGCCUACGCUGUUCAUCCUGGUGGCGUUGAUACCGAACUGUCACGACAUAUAGGGUUAAUAAAAGUAUUCGUAACUCUUGCUGGCAAGUAUAUGUUUUUAAAAACUCCCGAAUACGGUGCACAAACAAGUAUCUACUGUGCUGUUGAGGAAGGUUUGGAAAAGAGAUCUGGAAAUUAUUUUCAGGAUUGUCACGAGCAAGAAUCUAACAAAGAAAGUUACGAUGAGGGUAUCGCGAAAAAAUUGUGGGAAGUAAGCGAAGAUUUGACCAAAGUAAAGUUUCCUUUCUAAGGUAAAACAUUGGGACUAUUUUGAAGCAGAAUCAAUCACAUUGUGACUGCCCUCUUUUAAAUUUGUUUGUUUGGUUGGUUAUUUUAACAAAUGUAGUCACGUAAUAUAAUAUUGCACAUAGUCAUAAUAUGUAUUGUAAAAUAGAGGUAUUUGAUACUUAGUAACCAGGA